AGAGAGAGAGAGAGAGAAGGCAGGGAAAACGCCGCCGGGAGCGGGGGAUGAUGGCGGAGAGCGAGAAGGAACAAGUUUGAUACCGGAGCAAAGCUGGAAUCGCGGGCGAGCUUUUCGGCGUCUAACUCGAUAAGGCGGCUAGAUGACUUCGCUUGAAACGAGAGAACAGUGCUCCAGAAAAAUCUCUGCCGGACCCAUGGCGAUGGAUGCCUGAACUCGUAUUGUCUUUCUCCGCCAAAGCAUUUUACAAGAGCUGAUUCGUUUUGGAAUACAACUGGAGUAAUAGACAACCAAGAUGAUCAAAGCAGAAAACAAAGGAGGGGAGAGGAGCCUAAGAAGCGCGUCCCCUCACAGAAAUGCGUACAAGUCUGACUUCCACGCCAUUAAGUGCUCCUUUGACGGGCCAAAGUCCGAGGACGGCUCAAAAACGUUCGCGAAUGGAUCCAGUGAAACCCGGGAAGAGUCGAGGGGAAGGCCGUUUGGAACCAGAGUGAAUAAGAUCAAGAACAUAUUCCUGCAAAUGGAUGGACAGCAACAGGAGCCCCAAGAAGUGAAACCAGCUUUAAAGUCCGAUGCCCCGCACGUUUCCCCGACAAAGUUGCAGUUCCCGGUCAACGCUCACAGGGUUAACUUGAGCAGCGCUUCAAGCCCAGAAUCCCACAAUUUAGAUAAAACACCCAAGGGGGAAGAUGUCGAGAUUGACAAAGUGGCUCUGGCGGAGAAGUUUUCUGUGACCAGAAAACUCUUUGAAAGGGGCAUCAAAGAGCAGCCGACUGCCGACAAACAGUCCCCGAGCAGAGUGGUCAAUCGCUUGUCCCUCGGAAGUGCCUCCGAUGAAGAGAAAAGCACCAGGAGAGUGUCGGGAGGCAGGGAGAGCGGUGGCAAGUUAGAGCAGACUCCCACAUCAGCAGCUAAGAGCUGCUCAGACGAGGUAGCCGAUGGCGAAAGAAGGCAUGUGUCUAGGGUGUCGCUGAAUGCAGGGCCAUUGUCAAAGAGGUUAGAAAAUUAUAUAGUUCAGAAUGACUCAGACGACAACAACACAUCUGAUGGGAAGGAAGGAGCGACAUCGGCUAAACAACACGGCACCGCUCAGCACACACAGCCUUCAUCUGUGUCUAAGGACGGCUUACACAAACCCACGUCUCCCGUCAAAGAGGCCGCCGAAGCUCCGUUUGUUAACAGCGUUGCCAUCAGAAGUAAAGACAGCAAAUCUGGGUCUUUGGGAUCAAGUUUUGGAAGUAAGCCAACAUCCCCCGACAGCGGGACUGUCUCAACAAAACUUUGCCCAUCAGAGCAAACGGCCUCGGUCGGCCACGGCUACAAGCUCCCCUCGUCGUCUGCGGAUAGAUUUAGCAGGACAUCUGUCGGUGACGGGGGUAAACCUCCUAGUUCGCCCCCAGGGGAGGAGAAACAGCCUUUGCCGUCAGCUAGACACCCGGAAAAACCCAAGAGCAACGACGGCCACACAGGCGCCAAGCCACAAAGCCAGGCUUCCCCACCUGACUCCAAGGGAGGGAGCACGGUGCGGGCUGAGCUGGUGGUGGUACAGAAUGAGUCCUCGGAUAGCGAGGAGGAGGAGGAGGAGAUCAGCGGGGACAACGUGUUUGAGAAACAGGAACGCACCAAAGACCCGCAAAGAAGCCUCAGCCCUGCUCAUCAGAUUUCACGAGAGAGUCCAGACGCAGAUCGACGGGGCCCAGACACCGUCAACGAGGGGAGAGUGCAGAAGACACGCACGGGAUCCGGUUUAGAGAAGGAGGAAGACAACUUGAAUGUCAGUCAGGAUGGUAACGAUACUUAUGAAGAGGAUGAAGCAGCAGGAGAGGAGGAGGAGGAGGAGGAGGAGGAUAUACUAGCAAAGAAGGUGGAGGAGAACAUUCUGGAUAGAGCCUCUCCUGUGGUUUAUGGUAUAGAGAACGCAGCAUUUGUGGAUGACAGAGAUGUAGACCAGGUCAUCAGGGAAGAAGAGGAGGAGGAGGAAGAUGAAGAGGAGGAUCAAACCUACGGGGAUUACGAUGACUGUUAUGAAGUCCCCGGUCUCUCAGAUGAGGAGGAAGCUCCCCCGAAAAGGAGAAUCAAGUUCUCCACAGAUCCCAUUUUGGUCUUCAGUACCUUCUCCAAUGAGGAUUAUGAUCGGCGCAAUGACGACGUGGACCCAGUCGCAGCGUCUGCGGAGUACGAGCUGGAGAAGAGAGUGGAGAAAAUGGACGUGUUUCCUGUGGAGAUUGAAAAGGGAGACAACGGGCUUGGGAUCAGCAUCAUAGGAAUGGGAGUCGGAGCUGACCAGGGUUUGGAAAAACUUGGCAUUUUUGUGAAAACAAUAACUGAGAAUGGAGCAGCUGAGAAAGACGGACGGAUACAGGUGAAUGACCAGAUAGUAGAAGUGGAUGGGACCAGUCUGGUGGGAGUAACCCAGCUGUUUGCUGCUACUGUCCUAAAGAACACCAAAGGCACAGUGAGGUUUCUGAUUGGUCGAGAGAAGCCAGGAACUCAGAGCGAGGUGGCCCGACUCAUAAGCGAGACGCUGGAGCAGGAGAGGAACCAGCAGCAGCAGAACCUGGACGAUCCCUACGAUCACUCCACAGAGGAGGAGGAGAGGUAUGAGGACGACGACGACAUACUAGAAGAGAGAAUUCUGGGGUCCAAUUUCUCGCCUGGGAGAAAUGUGGAGGUGUUUGAGCUGCCCGAUUCUGAGGCCUUGUUCCUGCCAAAGGACAUGAACAGCUCUCAGAUGGCCUUCAAGUUCAAAGAGCUGCAACUGAAGCACAGCAUUGCUGUGGCUGAAAUAAAUCAGCUGAAGGAACAGCUAAGGAAAUCAGAGGAGGACAAAUCUCUGUGGGAAGACAGGCAAUCGGCAAUGGAGCAAAAAAUCGAGGAGAGCAACGACAAAAUCCUAAAGCUGGAGAAUUACUGGCUGGAAGCCCAGGCUGUGUGCAAGAGUGUGAACGAACAAUUAGCCGAGAAUCAGGCUCAGUAUGAGGCCCUGGACAAGAAGUACAACAAGGCCAAGAAGCUGAUCAAGGACUACCAGCAAAAAGAGAUAGAUUUUGUGAAGAAAGAGGAGGAACUGAAAAGGAUGCUAGACGAAAAAGACAAGCAGUACAAGGAGCAGCUGGAGAGUUUGCAGAACAGGAUUGCUGCCCUGGAGUCCAGAGGCGCUUCAGUCGUGGAGGAUCAGACUGGUCUGGACUCUGCUGCUGAAGAGAGACUCAGCAGCCAAGACUCAGUCAAUAACUCACAAUCUGUUGAUUCACUGUUAGAGCAAGACUGGACUGAGCUGGUCCCUGAAACUGCGCGCUUGGACACCAGCGCUCAGAGAGCAAAAUGCCGGCUGGCUCAGAUGAGCAAGCGACAGGCUCCGUCUCGAAACAAACUAAAGGAAUGCCUCGCUGGCCCCUCUCAUCAUUCUCAGGAAGCUGAAGAGGAGGACGAGCAGGAGGAGCAGGAGUCUGCCGUGAGCCUGACCCUCCCCGUCAGCGCCAGCUAUCCUGGAAACGGACAGAAAGACGACCCGGUCGAGGCCAGAGACGCUUCCAGGAGCAAAGCGGAGCUCUCCAGCAGCCCGUCUCUGUCGCCGUCACUGGGGGACAGCGUUGAAAGCAGUCCUUCGCUGUCUUCUCCUAAACACGCUUCCUCGCCACACUCUCCCUCCGGUUUCAUGCGCAGCGUUAAGAAGAGAGAAUCCAAAGGCAAAGGGAAGGAGCUCAAAGAGGAGCUCGCCGAGCCCACAGCAGCAAAACCUAAGAGACGAUUUCCAGAUUUUGGAGGCCUUCGGAAGUCGGGCGGCAAAGGGAAGAAAGACAAAGAAAAAGAGGCGCUGAGAGCUUCUUUGGACAGCAGGGGGUCUGCGGAGCUGCUAGAGGAAUCUGGAGGGAACCUGUCUCCUGCAGAGUCCAUGACCUCUGUCCCCACCUGUAUGCCGUUCUCCUGGUUCGGAGACAAAGACAGGGACAGAGAGCCGUCCUCCUCCAGCAGCAGCCUGCCGUACACUGCAAAUGAAACCAGCAGCGAGCAAAGCCAGGAUCGCAAAAAUAAAAGUUUUUCAGUCAUAGACGAUUCUAGCCCUGCCAGUCCCAGUACAGACAUCUCUGGGUUAGUCGCUGAACCCGAUCUGUCUGGGCGCUCGCACACUUUAAUCUUCUCUUCCAGCGAGACCUUGGACGACGAGCCAGUCCCUGUUGGAAAGGAGUAUCAGUGGCAGAACCGGCCCAUCUCCGAGUGGACCAAUCAGCAGGUCUGUCACUGGUUAAUGGGCAUGAAUAUGGACCAGUACACACCCGAAUUCACAGCAAAGGGAAUCGAUGGCCAGCAGCUGCUGCACUUAGACAGUGACAAACUCAAGGCUCUUGGCGUGUCGAGUCAAAGCGACCGUUCGACUAUCAAGAAGAAGCUGAAGGACAUGCGGAAAGCCCAGGAGAAGCUGGAAAAACAGCGGGAGAAAAAAGAGAAGGAGGGUCGGCGCAGUGGAAGACUGCCGGUCCCGGGUGACUCCAUCUGCUGAUCAGACCCGCUUACUCACAUUUAAGUCUUUUUUCCUCGAGUCUCAUCCCCAUUAAGAACUAUGAAAAAUCAUGACCUUCUGGAGAUUAACAGUGGUUAACGCUGUUCGCUUAAAUGCAUCAGCCAGCUGGGAACUUCCUGUGUGGAGUUUUCUACCAUUUUUCUACCUGUGCAGAUUUUCUUCUGGUGCUCUGGCUUUGUUUUUUCCUUCUACAAUCCGGAGACAUGCACAGCGAGUUAAUUAGGGUCUGUAAAUGUGCUUUUGAUGUAAAUUUAAACCCGAGUGUUUAUUUGUCCCUUUGUUGGACAGUUGAUCACAGGUCUUCUCCUGCUCAGACCGUGACGUGCCAGAAGCAUCCUUACAGGACCAGAGGUGUUGUGGUUUAUUUCUUUCCUCGUUUUCUCUCAGAUGCAUUUAUUAACUCCAGCUUAAACCGUUUUAACUGAAUGAUGGGGGAUGUCUAGGUUGGUAAGUGACCAAAAGAGAUAUCCUAACAUUUUUACCACUAAAAUGCUUGUAACAUAAUUAUUGAAAUCUGCUUUCAAUUAUGAUGUAGUUCUUGCCAGUCAUGCACAAACUGAAAUAUGAAAGUCAAAUGUAUGCAGCUUUAGAUAUAUUUGUAUCUUUAUAUAGAUGUAUCUAUAUAUAUAGAUACAUCUACAUAGAGAUAUAUCCAUAUAUUUGUGUUGAGAUGCGAUGCCUGAGUCUAUGUUCAGUUUUUGGCAGGAACGUUUUUUUUUUGUACAGUUCAGAUAAAAGCACUAUUAGUCUUUUAGGUUUCAAAGGGCAGCAAGGUUUUAAAUGUAUAAAUACGUUUUAUACAUGUGCCUGUUAACUGCAUUUUUAACUAAAUUCCUUUUUUUUUUAUAAUAUCUAAAUAUUUCUACCAAGUAGAAUAGCCAGGCUAUUUUUUUUUUUUUUUUGUCUGAAAGGAGAGAAAUGAGCAACUUAUCUAGUAGGGACCAGGUAAAUGCUGCUGCUGCUGUGUGCCUGAUUCAGACUGCUUGGCUUGAACGGUACCGCGAUGCUCUGUAAAUACUAGAAAAGGACGAGCCAGUGGCGAGGACUUGUGUGCAUCGAGAGCUGUUCCACGUGUGAAUGAAAGGCCGGGCAAUGAAUGUUCACCAUGAAACCGAAGUGCUUCCUUUAUUCUCAAGCCUAACCCCACAUUUGUACAAAAUAUGAAAUGUUGGACCACAGGAAAACGAUGUUUUCUGAACUCUCAGAGAAACUAAUCUUGGUACAUCCAGCGUCAAUAAACUAAUAACCGCCUCUUUUACUGCA